CCAAUCCAAUACUAAAACUACAAUUCGGCAAUAAUUUACCAAAAGCCAGCCAGGAAACAAAGGAAAAACCAGAUAUAAGAAGAAGAAACUGCUCGGAUUUCCAAGGCCUCAUGUUUCCGCGAAUCCACAUCUGACGCUUCUGGGUAGCGCCACGCGUCGAGCAUCCGGCGGAGAAUCGUCUCGCCUUCCUCCGCCACGCACGGGACGGACAACCGCUGCUGCUCAUACAAUUAUUAUUAUAAUAAUCCCACGCGCACCAAAAAGAAGAAGAAAAAGAAAAAGAAGAGAAGAAGAAAGCUAAACAAGGCGGACGGCAGGUUCCGGAAGAAACCUCCCCUUCCGCCGCCGUCGUCCGAUCCCCAUCGCCGCCGUCCUCUCGCUGGUACCACCUCCUCUUCCUCCUUAUCCUCUUCCUCUGCCUUCCUUUCCCCCAUCCAACCACUGUUUGUUUGAGCGGCCGUAAAUCGACACCACCUAAAUUCCACGCUUUAAGCUUUACCUACUGAUUGGUUCCUGUCCUUCCUAAUUUAAAUUAGGACUAGGAGCGGAAUUUAAGCGGCCCGAUUGCUCUUCUUGAAGGUUCCAUCGAGAAAGAGAAAACGGGAGCGAUUUGUCCAAGAAAUUUCGGUUCCGGGAUCUCGAUUCUUGGUCGGCAGGCAGGCGGCCAUGAUGGUUGUUGAUACCGUCACCGCGAGCACCUCCAUUAUUGCCCCCUACCUGCUCGACCGAAGGUCCAGGAGCACCCAUCACCACCUCCGCCGGACGCUCCAUGUCGUCGCCUGCCGUCCCCUGGCCACCGGCUUCGCAAGCCGACGGCUUGUGGCCCGGGUCACCAGGCGGCCGGUCAAGGCGCUGGCUAUGGGGGUCACCAAGGAGGCCAGCCCUCGCAGGGAGCACCGGGGGAUCCCCGGGGACGGCGGUGACAUGGGGGUGACGAACCCCGCCCCGUCAUGGCCUCCGCGGAACAGGGCGGAUGAUCCCAAGCUGCACAACCCGUUGCUCCGGCUCGAGCGGAUGGGAUGCGGGUGGCUUGGCGUCAUCCUUGAGUGGGAGGGGGUCAUUGUGGAGGAUGAUGCUGAGUUGGAAAGGCAGGCAUGGCUGACCCUGGCUCAAGAAGAGGGCAAGUCACCGCCUCCGGCAUUUGUGUUGAAGAGAAUCGAGGGGAUGAAGAAUGAGCAGGCUGUUUCUGAGGUUCUCUGCUGGUCUCGGGACCCCUGCGAGCUCAGGAGAUUGGCCUCGCGAAAGGAGGAGAUACACUGCAGCCUUCGGGGUGGCGCCUUCUACCAGAUGAGGAACGGUUCGAGGGAAUUCAUGAGCACGCUCGCCAAUUACAAGAUCCCUCUCGCUGUGGCCUCCACACGGCCACGGAAGGUUAUUGAACAAGCCAUCGAAGCUGUUGGUGUGCGGAGCUUCUUUGAUGCGGUUGUGGCAGCGGAGGAUGUGUAUCGGGGGAAGCCUGACCCUGAAAUGUUUUUGUACGCUGCGCAGCUCCUGAGUUUCAUCCCGGAGAGGUGCAUCGUGUUUGGGAACUCCAAUUCGGCGGUGGAAGCUGCGCACGAUGCCCGUAUGAAGUGUGUCGCGGUCGCAAGCAAGCACAAAAUUUAUGAGCUUAGUGCUGCAGACCUUGUGGUGAAGCAACUCGACGAGCUAUCUGUGGUAGACUUGAAGAACCUUGCCGCCAUUGAGUCCCCAGAGUUUGGCAUGGAACCUGAACCAGAGAUGGAGGAGGAGGAAGAAACGUCCCCACCACCAUCGUCAGUGGGUGUAGAUGAUUUGCUCUGGUAAGAGGCCAGACUGUACAUAUGAUUGAUUCCUCUCCUGCACAGAUGUAUGAUUGUCAACUGUCAUAUCGAUCAGGAAGGGCUUAUUAUCCUUCUAAUCAGUAGAAUGUGAUGUGUAGAGAUGUUGUUUAGAGCUCACAGACUGUAUGUAUACUCUGAAAGAAACAGGGAACUGAAUAUAGCAAUCAUCAGGGCAUUUAAACUGCAGUUCCUGAAACCAUGUAUAAUGUCUAUGGCAAAAUCAGAAAUCCAGAUGUUACCUAUUUUGUUCUCUCUA